AUGAACCUCUAUGCUAAUGCAGUUCCUGUAAACAUUCAUGAUUUCAGGACAGCAAAAGAGAACACCAGGAGACACCAAACACCUCAACACACAGGAAGUGAUUGUGUGAAGAUCAGAAGCUACAGAACAGCUGCAGUGUGUUUGGUGCUGUUGUGUGUUCUUCUGCUGACUGCAGUCAUAGUGCUGUGUGUCCAGAUCCAUACAAAGAACACAAACUACACAGAAGAGAGAAAAGAGCUACUUACCAAGAUCACCAACCUCACAGAAGAGAGAGACCAGUUACUAACCAGGAAUACAGAACUCACAGAAAAGACAGACCAACUACUAACUACGAUCACCAACCUCACAGAGGCGAGACACCAGCUAGUAAACAAGAACACGCAGCUGACAAAAGAGAGAGAUGGAUUAUUAUCAAGUAACUGUGACCUGAUUAAACAAAUAUACCGACCACCUCAGGAGAAAAAUGAACUGUUGAAAAGUAUUAAUGAAAAGGAUGGAUGGAUUAACUAUCAAUCUAGUCUUUACUUCAUUUCCUCUGAGUGGAAGAACUGGGCUGAGAGCAGAAGAUGCUGCACAGAGAGAAGAGCAGAUCUGAUCAUCAUAAACAACAGAGAGGAACAGGAUUUUGUGAAGAAAAUAUCUGCUAAUGCUAAUGUCUGGAUUGGUCUGACUGACAGUGAUGUGGAGGGCAGAUGGAAAUGGGUUGAUGGCACCAACAUGACCUCUAGUUUCUGGGAUCCUCGAGAGCCCAAUGGAGGAAGAAGAGAGAACUGUGCUCUAACUUAUUCACCAGGAUGGGCUGAUUAUCCAUGUAGUGAUCUUUUUCUAUGGAUCUGUGAAAAGAGCAGUUUAAAAUAAGUCAUAAAGGCACAUCUUUCCCCUAGCUAUUUUUAAAGGAACUGCAACUGCUAGAACAGAAGUUUUUUUUUUUUUUUUUUUUGCAUACAGAGUAGAAUCAUUUACAACACCAAAGUGAAGUGAAAG